GCUCGACCCGGAGAACCUUUCCCGACAGCACCUCUGUUUUCUACUCGGCACUCCCAUCAUCCAAUUUGAGCAAUUUCAUUGAAACUUCACCAACUCUCGUCAAGAUGGGUUCUGAUCUUGUACCUCCUGCCUACCUCGAGGGAACCGAGCUUUCGCUCGUUGUCGAUAAGGCCAAUGAAACUUUGCCCGGAAAUGUCAAGGCCACCGUCACUCGGGAAAUCUCUGCCACGAUGUCGACCGUGUUGGAGGUCACAUACACAGACGACUCAAGCACUACGACCAAGAAGGCCGUGCUCAAACUGUUCGACCGCCGCUUCGGUUCUUCGCUGCGAAAAAUGCACGCACGGAGCGAGUCUCUCCCGGAAUGGUGUAUUCAUGCCACCCGUGAUGGAGAGAAAGCCUUUCGAAGCUAUGUCCAGAGCGGCAAGGCAUCAAAGUUGUGGCACGAGAUCGACGCCGACAACGAGCAGAUGGAAACUAUCCCCCUCGAGCCGGAACAAUACUAUGAGCCCACGGAAGAGGGCAUGGCCAGGUACGAGGUCGCGCUGCAACGCAGGUGCCGCAUCUUCUUCCGGAACGAGACCGCGGUGUACGAGAAACUCGCACACGUGCAAGGGGACUGGAUCCCUCGCAUGCUGGCACAUGUGCACCUGGCCUCGGUCCCGUUAUCGGAGACGGACGAAAAGACCGAGGACAAAGCCGAGGACAGCCCGUUCCUGCGGGUGGACGGGGUGCUGCUCGAAUACGUCUCCGGCAUACCGCUUUCUGAGCUUGAGAACUCUCCUCCCCUGCCCGAACGCGGGGAGUGGGGCAGGAUCCUGCAGGAUGUUGCAAACAUGACGGAGAAGAUCAACCUCGCUGGUGUAGUCAUGAAGGACUGCAGACCAGAAAAUGUGCUUCUGAGAUCCGACACUUGGGAGCCCGUCUUCCUUGACUUUGGGCAGACCUAUGUUGGAGACUUUGAUGAUGAAGAGGCGGAAUUUGGCCUUUCUGUCUUCCAGUUCAACAACCCAAUGGGUCUUCUGUGGAAUUUGGUUUGCUCAAUCAAGGAAAAGACAGGUGUUGUGAUCGAUUUGAAUUAUCCUGAUUAUUCUUCGUUGGUAGAAGGCUACCCAGAGCCUGAGAUGCCAGUGGGGAUUUAA